AUUCUAUUUUUAUAAAUGAUGACUGUACACAACCUUUUAGUGCAUGUGUGUGUAUAUAUAUACGGUUACAUGUAUACAACAAGACAUGAUAGCACAAAUCUCUCCCCACCUAAAACUCUGAACAUGUUUUUCCAAAUCAAAUCCUAAUAUAUAUCGACUGCCACUCAAGCAUAUAUCUUUGAAACAUAACAACAACUUGAUCUGAACGUUCUACAUGUACAGAUCACAAUCCAUCUCCCAAAUAGACAUGAAAGCCGAACUUAGACCAAACCCAUCUUCAACUUCCUUAUCAAAUCCAACCCUCUUCAACUCACACCAAAAUCCACUCUCAGUUGCACUCAAAGGCUGCUUAGGCAACCUUGAUGGAGCCUGCAUCGAAAAGCUUCUUUUGCACUGCGCAAACGCCCUCGAAAACAGCGAUAUCAACUCGGCUCAACAAGUCAUGUGGGUUCUAAACAACGUGGCUUCAUCUUCUGGUGACCCUAACCAAAGGCUUGCAUCAUGGUUUUUAAGGGCACUUGUGUCUAGGGCUUCUAGGGUUUGCCCUACACCCAUGAGUUUUAAUGGUGGAAGGAGUGCAUUUCAAAGGAGACUUAUGAGUGUUACUCAGUUGGCUGGCUAUGUUGAUCUUAUCCCUUGGUAUAGGUUUGGUUUUUGUGCAUCAAAUAGUGCUAUUUUUAAAGCUAUACAAGGCUGCUCUAAAGUUCAUAUUUUGGACUUUAGUAUCACUCAUUGUAUGCAAUGGCCAACCCUAAUCGACGCGCUGGCUAAGAGGCCCGAAGGGCCUCCUAGCCUGCGUAUAUCUGUUCCUUCUUGGAGGCCUUCCGUGCCUCCAUUUGUUAACGUGUUAGCCAAAGAAGUAGGUCUUCGGUUAACUAAUUUCGCCAACUUUAGAAACGUUCCGUUUGAGUUUAAUGUGAUUGAAGUCUCACCGUCCCUUGAAGAAUCUUCCAUCAAUUUUAAUUAUGAAUUUCUUUUAACCCAAACAAACCUUGUCCAAGAUGAUGAGGAGUUGGUUAUUAACUGCCAAAACUGGCUUCGUUACAUGCCCGAUACAUCUUUGUCAAAGGACUCGUUUCUUGAACUAAUUAAAAGCUUAAAUCCUCGUAUACUAACAAUCGUGGAUGAAGAUUCCGAUCUGGGAUCAUCGAGUUUAGCAUCAAGAAUCACCACUUGCUUUAACUUCUUGUGGAUACCCUUUGAUGCAUUAGAAACUUUCUUGCCAAAAGAUAGUAGUCAAAGAAUGGAGUAUGAAGCGGAUAUCGGUCACAAGAUCGAAAACAUCAUCGGAUUCGAAGGGAGACAAAGGAUAGAAAGACUAGAAUCUGGAGCUAAACUCUCACAAAGAAUGAAAAAUUUAGGGUUUUUCAGUGUGCCAUAUGGUGAAGACACACUUAGUGAAGUGAAGUUCUUGCUAGAUGAACAUGCAAGUGGUUGGGGAAUGAAGACAGAAGAUGAUAUGAUUGUGCUCACAUGGAAGGGUCAUAACUCAGUGUAUGCAACUGCAUGGUUUUCAUAUGGGUUUGAAGAUCAACUAAUGGAGCAUGCAGAACCCAAGAACUCAGCUUUGGACACCAUUAGAACACCAUAUUAAUGGAUGUUGGGGGUGGUGGUCAAAUGUACAUAGGUAGCUUGUUGAACCCUCCAUAGAGGUAGGGUUGAGAAGAAAGUGACUAAGUUAUAAGUGUCUGUUGUUUUCAGUAGUCAGAAAGCUGCAAAAUGAGCAGAAAUGUUUCUUUCUUUUCUCAUGCUUGUUAGCUUUUUUAUUUCAAGAAGUUUAGAGCUAAGUAGGUUUUGACAUGCUUUAUGUCUUAUUUCUAUUAAUAUAGUCAUGUACUUUUACUUUACUACUA